GCAUUGAUACGAACAAACUCCACGGUACUACGCAAGUGAAAUGUGCAGAAGAUGAAAGUUGGACUUGGGGGUAAAUAUAAAGUUUUAUUUUCCCAUUGAAAUCAUCGUCACCAAAUAUUAUCUGUGAUGUACCUUUAAACAGUGAAUGACUCGCCACAUAGACAGAGGGACUGUGUCGUUUAACGCUGGUGCAUUGUGUUGAACGGGUCGUGCUUCGGCUUUAUAAAACAGGCGUGUCUACAGCCAGUCGAGAGGUUCAAACACUGACUUUUCACAGUGAGCGGAACGCGUGUGUCUCUCGGGCAGUGGAUUAUGUGGAGGUGUCUGCUCGAACUGCAAAUUAACAUCUUCUCUGUCUAACUUCGAAGGCUUCCGGAGCUAGAUUGUGGACAUGUGAGUACACAACUUUAUCUGUCCUUCAUUUCUGCCGAGGGAUUUUGAGUUUUCACUCUAACGGUGGUUAGGAAAGUUAGUUGUGCUGCAUUCAGGCGCCGCUUGGAUUGUCUAACACCCAAAGUUGACCUGACGCUUUUCUGAGGGUAGAAAACAUUAUUGGUUAAAAGUUUUAUGUUUCAAUGCUUUCAUCUGACUCUGGUUAUUUAACAACAACGACAACUUGUAUUUAUAAAACAUCAGGAAUGAGCCAAAAUUUGAUGCAUCAUACAAAUGUGAGCGAGAAUUCACGUGAACGUUUCAAGCUAGAAACUCCUUUUUCCCGACGUCACAUAAACGCAGGUCAACACUGAGUCCUUUUAAAGUUCACUAAAUCGUUAUCAUAACCCCAAAACUCGACAUUUGUUUUGACAUUAAAGCGUAAAAAAUGCAGUCUUUUUUUCUGAUUGAUUUGAGGGUGAUUUUAAAGAGAGACGUCGCCAUAUGGAUUUAGUUUGAGCCAAACUUUAUCUCUAAAUGUUGUCCUGUUUGCGUGAUUUGUUGUGAAUUCCAGUCUGGUAUUGGUUUAAAAGCGAUAUUUGCGAGUUUAUCACGUUAAACAACUAAUAGAAAGUCUCGUCAGUGGAAUUAAUAAGUCAGCUGGAACAAAUAACGAGUGGCGAUGUUAUCAUGAAGUGAGUUUAUUCGCUACAUCUGUGUUUCUUGGAUAAUUCGCAGUAAAUCAACGUUUUGGUGGGGCUUUUUUUAAUUUUUUGGUCACUUUUAGCAGCUUGUUUGUCUCCCAACGGUUCUGGAACUGAAAGCCAGGCUCGUGCUGCGAGCUGUUCUAGAAGCCUCACGAGCUCUGUCCCUUUACUGCUGAGAGCGAGCAGGUUGUCUCGUGCUCACAUUCUGCUCCGCUCGUGCUGAAUGAGCCAUGAUGUUGCUACUGUUUGAUAAGACUCUGAGCGGCUAUAUUUACCUUUUUAUGCGAUUAUUAUCAACUCUAGACGGUGUUUGGUGUUAAAUUUAUUCAUGAGUCAUCCUUGUUUUGGUAUUUUGAGUUAAUCUUCUGCAUUUCAAAACAAGUAUUUGUAUUUUCUCUUAACAUUUUCCAAGUUGUCCUACCUUCCUAACAGCAAGAUGGAUUUUAUCCUGAAUUGACUUGACAGUAACAACUAGAAAAUACAAUUUUUAAUGGUUUCAAUGUGUCAGGGUAUUCAAGCACAUCACUAGAUUGCCAAAAAAUGGUUGAUGCAGGUCCACUGGGUCCUGGGUCAUUCCCUACCUUGUUGAUUUGCAUGUUUGAGUAAAUGUGGUCCUCAUUAUUUUCAGUGUGGUGUGGUUUAUUUGAAGUUUAAAUGAUUGUUCCAAAGGUCAGUUAAUUCUGCACUGAAACAGUAGUCAGAAAUAUCCAACAUUGUUAGUCCAUUUCUAUUUAAGCUUACUUUAGUCAACUUCAACCCCACCACUACCACCACCCAUAAAGCCAUAGUCAACACUGGUGAUGGACUGAUUAAUCAGACUGAUUCUUGGCAUUUCCACAUAUUGGCUUUCUCCCUCACAAGGUUGAUAUCACCAUGACCCUUUCUCAUUGAAAACACAUUUAACUCCUCAUCCAUUGACAGCAUACCAGAUCUAAACAGUUGUGUGUUUUGAUGUACAUUGUGUUGUGGUGUAUACACUAAAAGUUUCAGAUUGCUGGACAGAAAUCCAAAAGUCCCUUGUGGCACAAUUUUACCAAGUCAAAUAUUAUUUCAUCCACAUUUACUGGAUUUAACGUUCACUCAAGUUCAUGCAACUGUCAUUGUUUAUCUUGUAUUCUUCUCGUUUGAGUAAAAAUAAUAAAGUUGACCUCAAAUUUACCUCAGAGCCCCAGCUUUGGCGGUCACUAACAUGUCUCUUCACUGCUCUUUCUCAGUACAUCUGAACAUUGUGAGACGAUGGAAAACAAGGAGGAAUUAAAGAGUACCGAGCCCAACAGCGUCCUGUCCUGGGAGCAGGUGAGCCGGCUGGAUGAAGUUUUGACGGAGGUUGUGCCCGUUCAUGGACGAGGGAACUUUCCAACUUUGGAGGUGCGGCUCAAAGACAUUGUGGCCCGGGUGCGCUCUCGCCUGGAACAUAGCGGCAUCGAAGUGAAAGACGUUCGUCUCAACGGCUCCACAGCCAGCCAUGUGCUGGUGCAGGACAUUGGCUGGAGCUACAAGGAUCUGGAUGUCAUCUUCAGGGUAGACCUGCCUCACGAGGCAGAGUUUAGGCUCAUUAAGGAUGUGGUUCUCGGUACUCUGCUGGACUUUCUGCCCGAGGGUGUGAACAAGGAGAAAAUUACACCCAUGACUCUCAAAGAGGCGUACGUGCAGAAGCUGGUGAAGGUGAACACAGAGCAGGACCGCUGGAGCCUCAUCUCCCUCUCCAAUAACAACGGCCGCAAUGUGGAGCUGAAGUUUGUGGACUCAAUACGCAGACAGUUCGAGUUCAGCGUGGACUCCUUUCAGAUUGUGCUGGACUCCAUGCUCUCCCACUAUGAACAUUCAGAGACGCCAAUGUCACAGACUCUCCACCCCACUGUGAAUGGAGAAAGCAUGUACGGAGACUUCAGCAUGGCGCUCAGCCACCUGCGGAACAAGCUCAUCGACACCAAGCGGCCCGAGGAGAUCCGCGGUGGCGGCCUGCUCAAAUACUGCAACCUCCUGGUGCGGGACUUUCGGCCAGUCAGUGAGGAGGAGUUCAAGACCCUGGAGAGAUACAUGUGUUCACGCUUUUUUAUCGACUUCCCUGAUAUCGGGGAGCAGCAGCGCAAGGUGGAGGCCUACCUCCAGAGCCACUUCAUAGGUGAGGAGAAGAGCAAGUACGACUACCUCAUGAUCCUGCGCAGAGUGGUCAACGAGAGCACGGUCUGCCUCAUGGGCCACGAGAGGCGGCAGACCCUGCACCUCAUCUCUCUGAUGGCCUUCCGGGUGCUGGCGGAGCAGAACGCCAUCCCGAACGCAUCCUGUGUCACCUGCUACUAUCAGCCAGCACCUUAUGUUCGAGACCACAACUUCAGCAACUACUACGUGUCUAACCAGAACAUUCCAACAUGGCUGCCGUGUAACUGACAAAUGGAGCGCCCGGAUGAGCAAGAGGGCUCUGCUGCUGCUGCUGCUUUCGGAAAGAGAGAAGGAAUCUAAAAACCCUCCCCCAGAAAAUGUAUUAAUGAGGCAAUAAACGCGAUGGUCCUCUCAAGGCACAAUUAUGUUUCAUGGACGAGUGUUUCACUUUGUUUUUUGGGAUCCUUUUCAUUCCUUAUCUACAGAGUUGUCUAGGUCAUCUGAAAAAAAAAAAAAAGAUAUUUUUAAGUGUUUUGAUUUAUUUUUCUUCUCAUGUUUGGUUGUUUUCCCAGUUUACCAACUUUUUCUUAAUGGAGUUGUGUUUUUGUGCCUUAACUUCCAGGUUUACCCCCUUGGUAAUUUCAGUAUGGGCUAUCUUUAUGAAGAAAGGGAAGAAGAGAAUGUCGUAGCCUUAAUUUGGUUUACUCCUGUGAUAAAAAAAAUAAUAAAAUAAAUGUGAAAAUACAGAAAAAAAAAUCUAAAAAUAUAGAAAAAUAGUAUUAAAGGGGAAGAAGUAGUAGAACAGGUGAAGGCCCCAAAAAAUAAAGCACCAGUUGUAAAAGUUAGGUUCACUUGGGAGGGAAGAAAGGUGGUACACUAAUGACUAUGUCCUCAUGACUGAAGGGGAAAGUAAUUUGUUUUAAAUCAUUUCGUUAAUAACUCAGACAUUUCUGCUUUCCCCGAUAAGCCGACAGUGCCUGUGUUUUUGUAAACAAUGCAAUAGAUAAUGUGUGUAUUUUUAUUUUUCCACUGUGAACUUCAGUGUGAGAUGAGCUCCCCUUCUCCCCCUUAACCCAGUUUACUCAGCCCUGUAUUUUUCAGUCAGUGGAAAUCUACAAUGAGGCAGUUAAAGCCUCAGAUUGACAGGCUCCUGUGUGUCUGAGGAGUUUAUUUUUCCCUGUGUUUUAAGUCACUUCCAAAGCCUCACAAGAGACCUCCAGAUGCCACAAUCCUCUGGCUUCUGUGUGAGGUACACUGACUGACAGGACUGAGUCAACUCAGGCCUGCUCAGGGAAUGCUGCUGGCCUCGUUGCCUGGCGCAGGAGCUCGCUGGGAGUCUUCGGAGUGACAGGCUGACUGGCUGUCCCUUCCCUUAAAAGGAGCAGCACAUGGUCGGCCCCGCGGGGUCGUCCCUCACGACCAUUGCAGGCUCGACAUCAGCCCUGAAAUGGGAUCCUCCUCUGACGCAGCUCAGCGACCGGCGCUCUAACUGCGGGCCGGCUAUAAUUAUCAUGUUUUUCUUUUUUUUGCUUUCCCGGAAGAGGCACCUUUUUUUAAAAGCAGGGAGCAGCAGCAGCUCUGCCACCUUACAUGUGUGGGAGCUGAAACACUUCCUGUCCUCUCCUCCCAGUGCCUGCUGGGACCACGCUUGUGUUUGAACCCCUUUUGUGGUCAUGGGAGGACAGACAGCAGGGAUUGGUAUGUUAAGAGAAACGCCAGCAUGUCUGCUCCCCCACUUCAGACUUGGAUUUUGAUUUAUCCUGGAAGCUGCAGCUCACUUGAGUCACCAGGCGAUCUUCCUCACCAGCUGUAGAGACACCCCCCCUCCAAACUCUGAAUUCCUAUUUCUAGACCGGCCUGUAAUUGGCUGUUAAUUUGAAAACGUGUGGUGUGGCACGCUGAUUAGAUGUGCUAAACCUGUCAUCUCUCCUGACAUGAUUGUGGUCAAAUAUCUAAGAGGAGAAAAUGCUCCAGGAGGCUGCAGCUGCUGCUGGUCGUGGUGUGUGUUAAUUCCCCCUUACCCUGUAGUUCAUCAGAAAAACUUGUCUAUUUCUGCUCAGUGUUUCUGCUGCUGCUGCUGCUUGUCUCACUGUUUACUCCCGAUAACCAGGAUGGUCUCUUAUCAGGCUGGCCCACAGCUCCUGGCUGGUUAGAGAAUGUGUUACAGGGAAGGUCAGCUCGGCCUCUUUAGCAGGUCACACCCCAGGUCGGGGCAUUUUCAGCUGGCUCAGCUGCUUUAGUCUUUUUAACAACAAAUAAGGUGCCACAAUCUGUCUCGCUCUGGACCAAAGUCUGUUUUAAAACCAGCAACUGAAGCACUAAAGUGCCUUUGACUUCUUUGGAGAGUGAUGAAGCUUUUUAACACGAUUUUUAACGGUGACCAGGAUGGAAAGGGUUGUUUUUCACUCCCUUUAAAUUCUGAGAAACUUGGGUGAUAUAAGACCGUCACCGCUAUAUUAGAUACACGUUCAAUGGAGAACAGAGACAAUUUGGUUGGGAAGCAAAAUAAUUCUGGUUUGAUUUGAAAUUUUGAGUUUUUGGUCUUUUAUUUUUCUUUUCCCCCAUUUUUCUUCCUUUUGUUUUGUCUCCAAGUUUCAGUCCAAACCUGUACUAUUCCUUCAAACCUUUUUGUCCAGUCAUUCCUGUCACAGUCUUUUGUUGAAUUCCCUCCUUUGUCUUUUCCUCAGAGUUAAAGCCUUGUUGUCAUGUUGAUUUCAGUCUGAUUGCCUUUGAAACUCCACUUUUGAUUGAUCCUUAUAUUCUGAAACCUGCGUUAUAGAUCCACCUGCUCCAGAGCAACCCGGCUACAUUUGUUCCGCUGACAGUUUUUUUUGUUCCCAUCCAAACCAAAGCAAUACCUUAAGUGCACUGACAGGCCAUCCUGUGGCACAGUAGCUGGAGGUCGCCCAGCAGAGACCCCAUACUAACAGAAGCACUUUAGAGAGGCCUUGUUUUACUCCAAACCCAGCCACCUGAGAGGAAUGUAAAUAAGCUAAUGUGGUCGAUUGCUGGAGGGAGUUGAGCUGGUUCUCAGGGACAUCAUGUGUUUUUGAGGACUUUGUUUUGUCCCCUUUAUUAUUUUAUUUUGGAGGGUAAACUAGUCUAAUCAGCCAUGGACUAUUGAGACAUCCCCUCCUCAUAUUCACCUUGUCUUUUCCUCUUCUCUGUCGUAAUUGUAACCCUCUUUUCUUACCCGAAAUGCAUGUUCUCACUAAAGUAGAUCGAGCAGACUUCAGCUUUGCAGCCUGAGUGUAGGACUCUGUUUUUAUCUGCACAUCUUUGUGCUCUGAAACCUUAUCGUCGCUCUAAGGAUAGUUCCCUCAUACUUCAGCAGAAUUGACUUGUCUGACAGCCUGCAGACUAAAAUCUCUCAUUGGCUGGAUUCAGACUGUAGUAACUUUUCUCUGGCGUUGAAUGAAUGUAGGGUAUCUGUAAACUAAUUUCUUGGCAAUCAGGAGAGUCAUGGUGUCACCAAAAAUUCACCUUAAAACAGUGGCUAAUGUUGGCAUAUUCAGCCGCUUUACUGAUUAGAAAUACUCAAAUUACCUUUUUGUCAGUUUGCCCAGGCCGAUAGAAAAUGAAGAGACCCUGCCGAGAGAGAUUAAGCAGCAGGAUGUUUUAAGUGCUUUGCAUCCUCAGAAUGAAGUCAGAGGGAAACAGCAGCUGUGAUCACAGGGCAUCUUCUCUAAGUGAUGAUAAAUCGGUUUAUUGAAAGCAUGAAAUUGUCAAUCAGGCCAAACCUGCAGCUGAAGUCUGCUGAGCGCAGUGAGAACAUGUUUUUUCUUUUGCUUCUUGUUGACUUUGCUCACUUACUAGAACUAGUUUGAAGCAGAGUCAAAGAAAAUGCGACGAAAAGAAACGUGCAUUUUCUAGAGAGAUGAUCGCGAACCCAGCCUGCGAGCUGAAAUCAGCGUUUUUUUCUUAGUCCACUCUGCCCACGAGUGUUACGGUUAUUGUGGCUUGUCCCCUGACGACCGAAAACGUGUGCCUGAUGAUGAAAUCUUUACAAAGCAGAUGCUGAAUCAGUUUCUCCGUCAGGGUUCGAUGGAUGUACGUGGAUGUUCUGUGAAGGACGAUAAUGAUGUUUAAAAAAAAAGAAAAGAAAAAAAAAGGAUGAAGUGUUUUUUGCCUUUUGUUGUUUUCCUGCCCCACUUUCUUUCUCUGCUGUAAACUUGUCAGUGUUAUUGACCCCGCUGCUUCUCUCACUCACCUUGCUUUUGGUCGUCCAACACGUUUGGGCUUUUGUUCAUUAUUAGUACAGAGUGUUUCUUUAUUUAUGACACCUGUAGAUGUAUUCUUUGCUGGAGCGGGUGCAGAGCAAGCUGUGGAUUAGAUAUUUACGCUUGUCUGAGUACAAGUCUUACACCAUAGCAAUGUGACGGAGGCUCUCCUACAGUUUCUAUAUGAAGAGUUGUGAAUUUAUUUUGCAGCAGAUUUGUGUUUACGUUAAUGCGUGGAGGUGUGUGUGCUUGUUUGCAUGUGUGUAUGAAGGGAUGCCUGUGGCUACACAAGUUUAAAAAGUGGGGAAACAAUUUUGAAAUUUGUCGCACUAUAUAUAUAUUUUUUGAAAUAGUUAAUGCAAAAGAGCUUUUUUGUCAGCUUUGUGAUUGUGACGAUGAAUUUUGAUGGUUACAACCAUUAUACUAUUUCAUUUUUCAGCACUUUUACCUCACUUGAGUUUUUCCUUUGAAUGGAAAUGUACUUGUACAUCAGGAAAAUGUGUUUGAAGAGGAAAAAAUGAAUAAAGAGUAUUAAAUGCAGAAA